AUGAUCAAAUCGCAACAGCUCGAUGGAGAACGAAUGGCUUUGUUCCCAAAUUUGGAUUAUAAGCAGCUCUACAAUGCGUUGACGCAGAUGAUUGACGUUACACCGUUGAUCCAUGUUGGCUUGCCAGCAUUCGGGAAAGCCUUGCUACAAUGUCUAGCGUGCAUGCUGCUGUUCUUGGAUCACGAUUUAAUUGACAAUUUAUCGUACUUAACUGCCAGUACGAUAUCAGUACUUCCCGUGGAACUGCAUGAAGAAAUUGUCAAUUAUCUCUGUUUUUACAUUUUACCGUUUACCAUCACAAGGAAACCUGAAAUUGGAGACGAAAGUGCCGCUAGUCAAUCAGUGGCCGCUGUUAUAAUGAUGGUGUUUCAGUAUUCCAAUAAUCCAGCUCAUCAUUGUCAAUUGCUGGAGUGUUUAAUGGCUCUGAAGCCAGGAGUAGUGAAAGACAUUCUUUGCGUUAUCGCUUACGGCACCGCAUCAGCAAGAGCAUCAGCUGCGAAAUUGCUGUUUUAUUACUGGCCUUCAUUUAAUCCAAAUUUAUUUGAUCGCCGUGCGGUGUUAGUAAAAUUUGCUAAUGAUUUCACCCCGUUCGUAUGUCAACGAGAUAGCUGUCCGAAUGCCGGCAAUGCGGAAGCUGCAAAAGUUUGUUACAAUCAUGACAUUUCCAUCACGUACGCCGUUGAAUCUCCGCCUCCUCUUUAUCUCUGCAUCGAAUGCGCGAAUGAGAUUCAUCGAGAGCAUCCAAAUCAAAUGUUUUACGACAUUUUGCAUCCAAUGCAACAGGUGUCUAUGGUUUGCGAGAACAAGAACUGUAGAGGGACAGAUAAAUCAGCUAUCAGUGUUUGCUUUUCGACAGAAUGCGCAAGUUACAAUGGAAAUCAUCCUAUACGAUAUUGUCAGCAAUGUCACAGUAUUCGUCAUAACAAUCGUCGUGGCGGUGAUCACGUUUAUCACAUGGCGCUUCCGCACAUUUCGCAGCUGGAUCCGCAAGCACAAACUUAUAUGGUUCAAGCGAUUGUCAGGCAAGCUGUAACCGUAAUCAUAAGUGAUAAUGCAAGCUCAGCUAGACAUGAUAUUUUGUUUUACAGUUUGCUCAGAGAAGCUGAACCGAUAAGUAUCGAUAGCAAUCGGGACACAACAGAUAUAAGUGCUAGUACUAGCAAUAAGGGUGGCAUAGGAUUCGUAGGAAGUAGCAGUGGCGCAAGUAGCGGUGCUGGCGGUAUCGGGAGUACGUUCGGUCAUUGCGACCCUACAAGCUUAGAGGAACGACAGCUCCUCGGCAGAUAUGGCGUAUGGCUGCUAGUGGGACUUUGUACCCCUAACGAAGAUACCCCGGUUGAAAUACUGGGCCGUUUAUUAUCAAUGUUAUUUCAUUGGUUUCAUGUCACUGCCUACUGUUUCGAUGGUAUUGAAAAAAGACUUAUACACCUUAUCUUUUCUGUUGGGCAGGCGGAAAGCGCGCUUGAGAAGUUAAAAACGGAGUACGUUUGCGACUGGCUCUCAGAAGUUAUGAAAACGCACUAUGAAGUAUUCAUUUCUUGUCUUCUACCACAUCCUGCGGACUACGUCAGGGUCGGAGGUCAUUGGGAAACCUUGGCUUCUCGGACGUCGCAUUUAAAAGACGGACUGCAUCGACUGUUUUGUCUAGUACCGUACGAAGUGAUAACGCCCGACGUAUGGGAUUACGUGAUGCCGCAUUGGAUGGAAGCAGUGGUAAAUGACGUUCCAGAAAAUGAACUUCAGGAGCUAAAGAUAAUAUUGAGCAAAAUCUUGGACCGAGACAUGAAUUCUUUAGGAUUUGACGUGAAGAAAAUGUAUAACUUUAUAGCAAAACGGUUCGUCAAUACGAGCGCUAAAGUACAAGAACAGGCCCUUCACUGGUUGCAAACACUUACUAUGCUGGAAAUAACAUUACCCUUGGAUCAACUAUUUUCAAUAUUUAGCGACGGAGUAGCUGUUAUGCAGUCGAUGAGCUUGGCAGAAUCAGAAUUAAAGCCAAGCAAGUCUACGAAGGAAGAUGAUGUAAACAUUACAUGUCCCAUAGUGGAAAAUGAUUCGGGGAAAUCGACACCACUUUCCGAUGAUGUAGUGCCAACGCCAAGACACAUAGAAUUUUUGACGAAUGCAGAACUUAAUUUAUCUUGUUGUAUUCUCAUGCUUGAUAUAUUACUGAAACAGAUGGAACUUCAAAAUGUAGACAAGCAUACUGGAAUUAAUACGCGGGUUUGUCGAGACGCUUGCCAUUUAAUGAAAUCCAUAGUUGCAUCCAAUUGGAACAACUCUCACGUUUGCGAUAAUACUUCAGACAUCGAAUGUUCUUAUUGUGAGUCAAGGGUAAUCUGGCACCAACUAUGUCUACAAUUGAUUACUUACAUGGCACCAGAAAAUCCGGCGUAUCCUCCCGACACAAUAGUGGAUGAAAAUGCGGAUGAUAAUGCUCGUAAAAGUUCCCCGGAAACAACAAAGAAGGGUGAUUCGAAACCGGAUGUGGUUAUCAACAUGCCUGUACCAGAAAUGCAUUCUGUCGGUGGAGUCUUAGUUCAUAUGCCACACUUCUUCGAACAGAUUAUGACAGCGACAGUAGAGACAGUUUCGGAACAGCUGGACCUCGCAGCUAUCAUGCCAACGGAGAAGAUUAUGUCGGCCGUCGCGAGAACGGUUACACUGUCAGAAACAGACGUCGCUACCGCAACAGUGAGCGUGGCAAAACCACAUUUGAUAGGCGAAAACGAUGAACCCGUGAGCUUAAGUCCGGAAGCUGAUUCGGAUGAUUUUUGGCAUACCUCCGUAGGGAAGUUUCGUUUUACGAUAGAAGAACUACCGGAACAACUUCAAUAUAUUCAUAAAUUGCUGAAGGAGAUAAUGACCAUCGAUAAACCGGACAUUCUUUACUACAUGUUGCAGUGCUUGAAUGUAAUGUGCUUGUAUGGUGACGCAUUUAAUACUGCAGUGAAGGAUCAUCAAGGAUUCUUUAUAUGGUGCCAAGAGAAUUUAUUAAUAAAAAAUUUAUGGGAACUCUUAAACGCAGAACAUUCGCAUAUAGCACAAGUGACCGUUCCGUUGUUAUUGCAUUGCGUAACAUUACCCUGCGGCACCGACACUUUCUGGCGGCUUGUACAAGAAGAAUUUCACAAUUCCGAUUGGCGUGUUAGAUUCGUCGCGGUCGAACGUGUUACAUUAAUUGCGAGAUUUAUGGAUUCAACGCCAUUGCGGAACAUAUUAAGUCUUCAAGCUGCAUUAGCAAAUGCGUUCUGUUAUUUAAUAACAAGUAUGGAUGACAAUAAUGUGUACGUUGCGCAACGUGCUACCUUGUACCUCGGUACUAUUCACGAUACAGCAAUUAGGUCGUUAAUUUUAUGCCUGGAAACGCAAUUUGAUUCCGUAAUAGUAGACCGGCCAAUGGUAUUGCAAUCGCUUUAUCAGCUACACAAUAGUCUUAGCGAUCGACGUAUCUUAACGUGGGAAUUUUUCUUGAAUCGAUUUGAUACGUUAUUUCUCGAGGCUCAAAUCAACUUGGAGAAGUCGGGGGAUGUGACUUAUUUGCGCGAUUUAAAAAAUACGGAUAUGAAUAGUGAAAUAUUUAUGAAGAAAUUACAUCGCGCACAUGAAGCGUUAUCUCAGUCUGACGGUAGCGGAACAAGUUCCGUAAAGACACUGAGUGCGAGUUUUGGCACAAAAUGGCCUUACAAGCGUACGAUGUCCGCACCCGCGUCGAUGAUACCUCGACAAGACACUAAGCAAGAAAAGGAAAAGGUGUACAGCCGACAGUAUUCUGCGCCGAUCUUGAAAAGGAAGAGCUCGAGAUUCGGACUGGGUCAGUUGUUGGGGUCCACCCCGCCUAAUAACAGUAUUCCAGAUGGUCACAUACAUUCAUUGAACAUGGUCGACGAAGCUAGUACGUUGCCAGGAUAUACUCACAAAAUUGUGGAUCUUGAAGAAGCAGAUAAAGAAACUAUGCAUUUACUAGUCUUCCUCUUAAUGCAAUUUCUAUCGAGACAGGAUCAGGCCUAUCCGACGGAUGAGAAACCAAUGUCGAAAACGCAGGGUAUAGUCUUGCGGCACUUAUAUCUUCUGUUGGGAUACAAUCAAACUGAGCGCACUUUCCAUACCACUCCGCAACGUUUAAGGUUGUCGCCAGCGUUUAACGUCUUCAUUGCUAAUUUGCCACAACUAUUAGACCAGAAUCAUGUCAUGGGCUGGCUGAUGACGCCAUCAGUUUUGGCGAUAUUACAAUAUUGCCCUUGCCCUCCGCAAUCUACACCUCCAACUGAUCAUCAACCACCGAACUACAGCCUUUGGUAUUUAGAGCCACAUAUCAGACGGUCUUGGUUGAUGUCUUUGCUUGUUAUUUUAUACAAGUGUCAGUAUGGGCAACAGCCAUGGUGUAAUCAGCUUCAAGCAUUAGUGAAGAUAGUUUUGAAUACGCUUAAUACUCAGCAUCAUCAGUGUAGAAGAAUACCAGCGACUAUAGUUAUGGGUGCACCGCCUUCGAGAUCUCGUGAUGUGUCUCAACCCUCGCUCGGAGUAGAACAUGAAUUGACAAUGAACAUGGUAGGAGAAAUAGAUACGGAAACUCCACCGAUGCGCGCACCAAUCUCGGUGCAUCAACGCAGUCCUGGAGGGAUGCACGGGCAAAUGGAAACUCAUUGGGAAGAGAAUAAUAGUCCAGCAUGUCGUUAUUUCAACAAACAUUUUACCAGUUAUUCAAUCAAUGCGGAUGAUACGGAGUCCGAGCUGGCAGCGAUUCCUGAGAGCCCAAAAUCUGACAGCACCUUACAUGGCAGCAGUGGAGGAUCCCUUGGGGAAUUAGAAGAAACAAUUCCCAGAAAUGCAUCUCUUCAAGAACCACAUAUGUCGAUUGUGUUGGAUGGGACGGCUGAACCAAACAAUCGAAAUAUUAAUAAACCGAAGGCAGAAUCCGUGACGAAGCCUAUAUGGUUCUUAGGUGGAAAUGAAGAUGAAGUUAAUCAAGGAAAUAAAAGUGGCCCUCAAAAGAAAUGGAGCGUAUAUGAAGGAGUGAAAAUGAUGGUAACAAGCACAUUUCUCACUGGACAACAAGAGCCUCCAAGACUUUUCCCUAAAACAGCUAUGCCGACAAAAAAUGGCAAAGGACAUUUACCUUACAACGGAGACACAUUGAAAACAUACGAUUUAUCGAGUGCUUUAGCACUUGCUACCAGCAUAUCUCAUAUUCAAAGACCUGAAUUACCAAAGAUAAAGGAUAAGGAAACAGAAAAGAAUAAGGGAAAGGAGAAAGAAAAAGAAAAGGAGAUGGAAAUGGAGGAGGAGAAACAAAAAGAAAAGGAGAAAGAAAAAGCGCUCGUUAAAACUGUCGGGACUAUCAAUAAUAUCGAGCCUCUGAACGCUAAACAUUUAGGUAGACAGAAACAUGUGGAGCAGAUCACAAUUACGGCGACAUCGCCGAUUUCACCUUGCCAAGUAAUUACAGUGACGAACAGCGAUAAUUCGAGUUCACCGGCACUGAGUUCUUCUAUAUCAUCGCAAGUCAUAAGUACAGAGAAUGGACAGCAAAUAGGUGAUCCUCCUACUGGUCCGCAACCUUUAAUGACUACUCCAACCGUUGAACGAUUGCUUCCCAUUGGUACAAUAGCUCGAGCGACUGGAUCACGAGCUGCGCAACGUGUGUUAAAAUGCGAAGAUACAUAUGGCUCUCCAGAAUCACCAUUGUCAAAAAUGGACAUUUUGACAGUCAGUUCCUCAUUUGAGCAAGACAGCGAAACUUGUAUGUCCAGUGAUAUUACGAGUCCGCAUAGCGUUUCCCAGCUGGAAUUUCCAACGCCGGAACGAUUACUGCCGGUUGGGCCUCAAAGAGAUUUCCCCAGCUUAGUCGAGCGAGUACGUCAAGCUCUCGAUAUUUCAGAUGUCGAAGAUACAAAUAAUAAAUUGCACGAAGAUGUAAAACGUGACACCCAUGGUAUAACACUCACGAAACAGGAUAGUGGGGCAUCUGAUAAUGUGUCAACAUCACUCAUACCGACGUGCAAUGAAAUUAAUUCGAGUAGAUCGCCAAGUCCGAGAAGACUAAUUAAACAGGUGGCUUUGGAAUCAUCUCCUCCAGCUAUCGAUCCCGGAGAUUUCGUCUCAAAAAUAGCAGAUUAUGAUCAGAAGAUUAAGUUGAAGGAUCAAUUUCGAAUUCAACGUGACAGAGCACGGAAGAUCACUGCUAUAACGGAUCAAGAUAUAAUUACUCACGCGAGACGAAUGGAAUCUUGGUCUGGCCCACAAGUCCAACAAAAUUUAGAUUUUGUCUCUCAACAAGCGUAUCAUGCAGAUUUUAAUUUAAAGCAAAGUUUAUUUCGCAUCGGCGACGAUUGCAUUUACGAUAGAUGUUCGGAGUGCGGAACGAUAAGAGAAGAAUAUUCUGAUGAAGAACUUGGAUUGUGUAUAAUAACUUUGGGAACGUUUAUUCAUCGAGAGCCAUCCCUAGCGGCACCGUUAUUACCAGAAAUACUCGGCGUGGUUACCAAGGUUGCUCUUAAUGCAAUGUAUCCCUGGCAAAGCGAAACGAAUAUGCACCUUCCAGGUGGUGCGGUCAGCGUAGCGCACCAAUUUCUCAGAUGCGUUCUUCACCAAUUAGCACCUAAUGGAGUAUUUACGCAAAUGUUUCAGACUCAUUUAAACGAAACGACAAGGUUGCAAUUUUUCAAAAGCGUUGCGCAAGCCUUAGUCGAUUUUAACGAGUUAAAUCCAAUCGCGCCAUUGCAAUUGUUGCUUGAGACGUUAAACAUGAAAAAGUCAUUGCCGCUGGAACGGCUGCCAAUAAUAUUAUAUAAUAUAGCAUGUUACUUGGAUUGUUUGCCAUUGGAAGCAGGAUUGGGUCCUGCUGCGGCCACAUGGAGUGGAUUACUGACACAAUUUGAUGGAUUAUUUCGAAGACUCGUUCUUAUGCUUCCUUCCAUCGAGGAUAUUACUCCUCUCUUACGAAUUAUGAUUUCAAUAUUAAAAGUUCCAGGGAUUCAACAAUCGAAGGGAAUGCUGGAUCCAUUCUCCAAAAUAUUAAGUUACGCUAUACAAAACUCAACGUUGCAAUAUAAUUAUUUAACGGACUUGUGCUAUUUGUGCCAUAGAGGAUUUACUCGUGAUCGUGACAAACACUUUUUUGGAAGGACGAUUGUAUUCGAAUUAAUUCAGGCCAUUAAAUUUAAAAUUACAAUACCGGACUCCAACUUUUUAUUAUUGCUUCAAUUUGUGCUCCAAGAUAUUGGAGGAUCCUUGCCUAAUAGUGUCGUUGCAAUGGAAAAUAAUAUUCAGACAGACAUGUCGCCGAUCUAUAACACGAAUGCUUCUGAAUCUUUAAAGAAUCAGUUAUCGGAUGUCCUCGAAUUUUUAACUGAUUUUCAUACUUUAAGUAAGAUCAAGAGUUAUAGCAAAGGUAUGCAAGCAGGAUUAAACGAGGACACGAUAGGCGGGAUGUUAAAGUGUGGCCUUGCUCAAUACGUAGCUUUAGAAAUUACGAGAGGCAACAAUAGAGAGAACAGAGCCGUAGCACGUUACUUGCCGUGGUUAUACACCGUACCGUCUAUACAACAAGGAGCUCGCGAAUACGUCGAUUGUAUUGGCCACAUCAGACUCUUAUCCUGGCUGUUACUGGGAUCACUUACGCAUAUAGCAAUGUAUACUGGCAACAAUAACAGUCAUUCUCAUUCAACGGUACCGUUGGCGCAACCGAUACCUCAAGAAGUAUCUUGCCACAUCGCAGAUCACAUACAAGUCAUUUUCUCGGGGUUUCCUGAACAAUCAAAAACCUCGGUCCUUCACAUGUCCUCGCUCUUCCACGCGUUCAUUCUUUGCCAACUUUGGACAAUGUAUUUGGAAGAAAUGUCUAAAAAUAAUGCAACAAACAGCGAAAGCCACAAUGUCACCAUGAAUAUCUUGUUAGAAUUUUGGGGGAAGAUAACGCCAUGCAUUUUGCAACUCGUUUCUUAUUCGAAAGCUCUCUCUGAAAUGCUUAACUUGCAUUUCUUAAGCUUGUUAGAGGCCUUAUUAGAAUGCGGAUCGAUCCUGUUGAGCAAAUUACUACCUCUAUGGAAUGCUAUAUUAUUUUCUCAUCAUGUUCAACUACCAGGACAUUUACAAAUGCGGUUGCAAAAUUGCCGCGAUUUCCCACCGAAUAAAAUGGCGGAAAAUUUCGUUACUAAUAGAAGAGAAUCAAACGCGAUACUCUUACGAUGGUUACAUCGUUUACAGUUUAAGAUGGGCCAAAUAGAAAUGCAAUCUUCUACCGCCACGCAAUUCUAUUCCAUUUAAAAAAAAAAAAAAAGAGAAAUUUAAAAACGAGCUUUACGAAAUUUUAUUUUGUGAAAUUGGAAAAUUUCACAUUGAUCAAUAUAUGCCGAAGAUAUAAA